AUGGGCAUCGACCGAACUGGGCUGCUGACGAUACUGUCAACCGUUGCAAGCCACUACGGACGAUUUCAAGGAGUGCACUUGUGCGAGCUGGGAAAUCAGCGCAUUACCAAGGGCGCCUUGACGGUGCUGACCGAAUGGGGAUACAGUCCUGACCUGCACGAUCUACUGAGCAUCCUUCAGGGCCUCUCCACGACGCCCUCUCCGACCAUUGCGCCUGGAAAGAAGAUAUUUGAAAGGCUUGGAUUUAUCCAUACCAGCCUGGACAUCAAUGGUCGCGAUGGCGCCGUUGAAGUUGACCUCUCACGACCAUUGAACACGUCAUUGAGGGUGCUGGGCAUGUGCGACGUAGUCACCAAUUUCGGAACCACCGAGCAUGUGGGCGAGAGUGAUUAUGUUGAGGCCGAUGUUGACCUUUUGGACAUCUGGAGCUCGCAAUACGAAGCUUUCCGCAACUUGCACCGCCUUGCGCGACGUGACGGCCUGAUCAUCAACAUGGUGCCAGCUGCCGGCUGUUGGCCCCGUCAUGGCGCAGUGGAGUAUGAGCCCAGGUUUUUCGAAGCCUUAGCGAAUGCCACUGGGUAUGAGAUCAUGAAUUUGUCCUUGCACAGGCCAAGCUACUAUUGGACUACGGACGAGACGAGCUUCUUCUGGGAUCUUUUGCAGAAGUUACUCGCGCGGGAGUCAUUGCAACUGCCUGCAUCGGUGGAUCCUGAAGACAUGUUCAUCAUGCCCCACAUGAACAAGGCGCAGCAGGGCAACAUUCUGUCGGUCUUUCGGCCAAGCAGCGCCUUCAUUGACAAGAGCACAUUCUUGCGGCUGCCGGGGCUGCACCAGAAGUCCAAGGAGCCCCGAGUGCAGAACUGCCUGACCCGAGCCUCCGGCUAG